CAGAGGCAGCCGCGGCUUCCGGCCGGCGAGGCAGGCCGCGGGGCGGGGGAGCCCAGCCCAGCCCAGCCCGGGAGAGCGGGGGGCGCUGCCGGACCCCUGGUGGGGAUGCUGCCCCGCAGGCCCAGCGAUGCUGCCCUGAGGGAGAAGAUCAAGGAGGCCACCCGCAGGGACAUCUUGGCUGUGGAUCUGAAGUGCAGCCUCUUUGUCUCUGCUUUACAGAGCUACAAGCGUGAUUCCGUCCUGAGACCCUUUCCAGGCCUCUAUGCCAAUGAGGAGAGCAAAGAUUUUGAUGCAUUGCUUGCAGAUACAAAUGCUUUGCCAAGCUUAAAAGAACUUCCAGAGUCUAUUUCAGACACAGAUAAAAGGACAUGGGAUCUGUUUAGCUGGAUUUUAUCAUCUAAAUUCUUAACUAUACAAAGUACUAAGAAAAAGGAGUAUGAGAAGAUCCAAGAGUUGACAGGAAUGUCAAGUGAUGCCGUUCCUACUCCUGACUUCCUAUUUGAAAUAGUGUAUUGUGAUCAGAUGAAUGCCAAAUUUGAUGAAACCAGGGGAGAAAGGAACCUUAUUUAUGCAUUCCAUGGGAGUCGCCUUGAGAACUUCCAUUCCAUACUGCACAAUGGUUUACAUUGCCAUUUAAAUAGGACAUCCUUGUUUGGUGAAGGUACCUACCUUACCAGUGAUCUAAGCCUUGCUCUACUUUAUAGCCCUCACGGUCUUGGGUGGCAACACAGUGUUUUGAGCCCUAUCCUUAGUUGUGUAGCUGUUUGUGAGAUUAUCGAUCAUCCAGAUGUAAAAUGCCAGGUGAAGAAGAAAGAUUCAGAAGGAAUAGACAGGAAAAGAGCAAGAGUAAAAAACAGCGAAGGGGGCGAUGUUCCACAGAAAUACUUUGUUGUCACAAACAAUCAGCUUUUACGAGUUAAAUACUUAUUAGUAUAUUCACAGAAACAACACAGGAGGCCUUCUAGUCAGUCAUCUUGGUUUUCCAAUCAUCGUUUUGCUAUAAUGAUGAUGAUGUAUCUACUACUGCUAAUUGUUAUAGGUGCCAGCAACUCACCGGCCUUCCUCUACUACUGGAAUAGAAUGUUUGACUCAGAAGGAUGAGCAAGCUGGUUUAUAUGCUGUUAUGUUCACCAUGUGCCUUAAUGAUAGGAGAUCUACAACCUACUGCAUCUGUACCAGCUCUCUGGAAAUGGGGUCUCGAGCAUUUGGUUAUAUUCCAGUUGCAUUACCUUCAUGGCCCCCUUUCCAUUUUUUCUUGUUUUAAGUCGUUUUCUUUCUUUGAGUAAUGAGGGAGCUGCCAUUCUUGCCCUAGGGAUGCUGAAGUAGAAUGUGAACAGUUCUGUACACACAUUUUAGUCAACGGUCCAAAAAACCCUUUAUUUACAAUUAAUUAAAACUUUGGUGUGGAAACUAUUGGGCCGUAGGUGCUGGAACUGGGGGUGCAGCUGCACCCCCUGGCUUGAAGGGGUUUCUGUCAUACACAGGGUGCACAGUUUGGUUCAGUUUCUCUCAGCACCCCUGUAUUGGGGGUGUUUAUUCUCUGCCAGAUUAAACCAGCAAUAUUUAUUUAUAACGCUAUUGGAAAGGAGGAAUUCUCUUUACCUCACACACAGGUAAACCUGCAGUAGGUUUUAUUGCUUUGACUUGAGAAACCCUGUGUCUUUACUGAAGAGGAAAAGUGCUUUCUCAUAUGAUAAAGCAGGAUCAUCUUAAUUACAAUUUUUGACGGGAUUAUAUUUAGGCACAAUGAUUGUAACAAAACAUUAUAAAUAAAACAGUAACCAAAUCGGAAGGA